AUGGAGCUUUCAGAGCCAACAAUGCAAUCGCAACAGAUGCUAUCCUUCCUAGGAAGCAAUGAUACAAUGUUUGACGAGCCUGACUUCUCCUUUACUAACAGCAAUAGUUAUAGCAAUUGUGGAAGGAGCCAUCACAGCAGAAUCAACAUCAACAACAACAACAACAAGAGAAACCAGAAUGAUGAGUUCCAGCACCAGCAACAGCAAGACACAAGGAGAAAGGAAAUGAAGUCCACAGAAGCUUUAUUGUCCUCCGCAAUUAACGAACUCUCCAUGCAAGAACGAUCCAAAGCUAUGGACGAUCUGCACUGUGUGGGAGACGAGAUUCGAGAGACGCCUGAAAUGAUUCAGAAGUCUCUGGCCGAGUUUGAUCAAGGCGUGCACGAUGGUAACUUUCCAAUCUAUAACCAAGCCGCCAGUCAAAACAGAGCCUACGUGGAACAGCCUUCUUUCAGGUUGAUGUUCCUGAGGGCCAACUCGUUUGAUGCCAAAAAGUCCAUCCAGCAAAUGCUGAAUCAUGUCCGGCAAAAGGCAAUCUACUUUGGGGUGGAGAAGAUUGCCCGAGACAUUUCCAUUGAGGACUUGAGCUCCGAGGACAUUGAAGUCUUGCUUUCCGGUCUCCUGCAUGUGCAAGGAGACAAAGAUAGGGCUGGAAGAUCUAUCCUCUGCUCGUUUGGCCAUCUCAUGGGCCAUUGGAACAAUCCUACGUGUGGAUGGACGAUUGAAAAUGUGAUCCGCGCUCAUUACUAUCUCAUGUUCAACGUCUUGCUCCCCAUGCCUGCUGUCCAAACUAAGGGGAUUGUGGCGAUUUACUACGAGUCCGUAUCCAAGGACGCAAGAUUCAUCAUGCCCACACCCAAUGAUUUUGUCACCAUGAAGGCCUACCGCAACACGAUACCCAUUCGAUACUCUGCAUUGCAUUUGUGUCUGAAGAAUGAAAAACAAGGCCUCCCGUUGCAGAAUUCCUUCUUGGAAACCAUGCUCAAGUCCUUACCCCGAUACACAAAGGUCCGCACUCGUCUCCAUUAUGGAAACGAUACCGAGAAUCUGAAAAGUCUGAGAACCUAUGGAAUUCCACCCGACAGCUUUCCCGUGGACGAAGAAGGCAAGAUUCGUUCGGACAUUUUGAAUGUUUGGUUCAUCAAACACUAUUCAAAGGAAGGCAAUAACAAUCGAGGAGAAGAAGAAGCAAACAACAAUAUGGAUGAUCAGUCCUUUGAACUCUUUUCAAGAGACGAUCAUGACUUUCUCAUGGAGGAAACCAUGCAAUUUGGCUUUGCCGACGAUAUGGGCACUGAUGAAAGACCUAUUGCCUUUCCUCUCAUUGAGGUUCCUGCUCCUGCAGAUAGUGGUACUGGUACUUAUAGUAACGACAACAACAACAACGAACAGGUUGUGAAUCGUUCUGCGCCUGCUCCUCCUGUCGACAACAAUAGCAAUAAUAACGACAAUGGCAAUAGCAACAGGGAACCCGUCCAACCGGCGGAAACAGACAUUUUGUUGGGACGAGGGGUCCGUCUGAUGCAACAUCCUGGCAACAUUCGGUUCCGUGAAUUCUUGGAACGGUACCAAGAUGAUUACGACCGUGCCCAGCGAAACAAGAGACGCAAGGUAUCCAGUGAAGUAGUCCGAGCACUCACCGGGAAAGGUGUUCGGUUUUUGGAACGAAAUGAAGAUGGGGAUUGGGUAGUGGCCGACCAUGCCGAGGCGGAAGAUAAAGUUGGUCAGCUCUUUCGCUCACGCCGCAAGCUGCUCAACAAGAAAGGGUCAAUUGGUGGCUGCUGA